UUGUCCUCUGAAACCAGCAUCCUAGUGCUACAGGAGACUUGUUACCAGGGGCGGACUGACCAUUUAGAAACUCGGGCACUGCCCGAGGGCCCGGGGUCAGUAGGGGGCCCCAUGAGAUGCCCCUGGUACCUUUUUCAUAGGCUUUUUUGAGUUUGGGUAAGGACACAGGGGACCCAUGAUCCCCUAUUGCCCGGGGGCCCCAUGAGUUGUCAGUCCACCUCUGCUUGCAGCAGUGCAAAAACAUAUUUGUGUGGUAGUGCAUUGCAACAAAGAUGCAAACUAUC